AUUUACAAUUAUUCAUUAUAUAUAUAGAUAUAUAUAGAUCGGUGGUCAACGGUUCGACGACAUCACAAUGAAAUGAUAAAUCCUCGAGAAAUUAUAAGGGAAAAUAGGGCGCCGUGCGGAUUACAGAGAGAUCUCGGAGUUGUUCGGGAUUAGUAUGCGAACCGGUUUGCCGAUCGGACAGGGUGGUUUACCGACGGCGUUAAGAGCGGUUACCAGACAUGGGGAGGUUGGGGACCGGCCAGAGGAGCUAUUCCGUGAAUCCUUCGGACUACAAGCUUCUCGAGGAGGUCGGUUAUGGCGCCAGCGCCACCGUCUACAGGGCGAUCUAUCUUCCUCUCAAUGAUGUUGUUGCCAUCAAGUGUUUGGAUCUUGAUCGGUGCAACAGCAAUCUGGAUGACAUACGAAGGGAGGCUCAAACAAUGAGUUUGAUAGAUCAUCCAAAUGUAGUAAGGGCAUAUUGUUCAUUUGUUGUUGAACGAAAUCUUUGGGUGGUCAUGCCAUUUAUGGCAGAGGGUUCUUGUUUACACCUCAUGAAGAUUGCAUAUCCAGAUGGAUUUGAAGAAUCUGCGAUUGGUUCGAUCCUGAAAGAAACUCUUAAGGCUUUGGAAUACCUCCACCGUCAUGGACAUAUUCAUCGUGAUGUUAAGGCUGGAAAUAUACUACUUGAUAGUAAUGGGGCAGUGAAGCUUGCUGACUUCGGUGUUUCAGCCUGCAUGUUUGACAGUGGUGAUAGAAAACGAUCAAGAAAUACAUUUGUGGGAACACCAUGCUGGAUGGCACCAGAAGUGUUGCAGCCAGGAGGUGGAUAUGAUUUCAAAGCUGACAUCUGGUCAUUUGGAAUAACUGCACUUGAAUUGGCUCAUGGUCAUGCACCCUUUUCAAAAUACCCCCCUAUGAAGGUUCUACUGAUGACCAUACAGAAUGCCCCUCCUGGACUUGAUUAUGACCGUGAUAAAAGGUUCUCUAAGUCUUUUAAAGAAAUGGUUGCAAUGUGCUUGGUGAAAGAUCAAACAAAGAGGCCGACUGCCGAGAAGUUGCUUAAACAUUCCUUUUUCAAGCAUGCAAAGCCUCCAGAGCUUUCUGUGAAAAAACUUUUUGCUGAACUGCCACCCCUCUGGAACCGUGUGAAAGCCCUCCAGCUUAAAGAUGCUGCACAAUUAGCCUUAAAGAAAAUGCCGUCAGCUGAGCAAGAGGCGAUAUCACAGAGUGAGUACCAGCGAGGUGUUAGUGCCUGGAACUUUGAUAUUGAGGAUUUGAAAGUCCAGGCAUCACUGGUUCAAGAUGAUGAUGAAAUUACAGAGGCACGGGAAGAAGAUGAAAUUGUGAAAUCUUUUAUUAAUUAUAAGGACACAACCGUCUCCAAAUUUAGCUUGGGUAAAUCAGUGAGCACUAAUGACCUUGUUUGCAGUGGACAACAAUGUAAUGAUGAUUUACCGCUGGCUGAGUGCUUGAGCAAGAAAGGCAAAAUUCUGGGUAGUGAUUUGCCAGAAUCUGGGAGUCAGGAGAAAAUUAUUCAGGACAGGGAUGCACAGAACACUGGGCUGAUACCGUCUACCUCGGAUAAGGAAAUGGUGUCAUCCAAGACAAGAACUCAGUCGCUUAAAAGUCGCCAAACUCAGAGUGGUCCUCUCAUGCCUGGUGUUGUGCUUGGUAAUUCAUUAUCAGAAAGAGGCCGUAUCUCUGAAAGGUGGGAGAAUGAAGUCCAACCAACAAAUGAGAGAGUCAACCGUGAUGCACGGAGAGCACCAAGCUUUAGUGGUCCAUUGAUGCUUCCAAACCGUGCCUCAGCAAAUAGUUUAUCUGCUCCCAUAAAAUCAUCAGGAGGAUUCCGAGAUUCUUUAGAGGACAAGUCAAAGACCAAUCUGGUGCAAAUAAGAGGGCGGUUCUCAGUGACUUCUGAAAAUGUAGAUCUUGCAAAGGAUAUUCCAUUAUGUACAGUUCCACGACGUUCUUCACAGGGAUCCCCACUAAGGAAGUCUGCUAGUGUUGGUGAUUGGUUGUAUGAUUCUAAACAAAUGCCAAGCAGUCAGUCACCCAAGGAGAUUAGCAAUUGUAGUCUACCAGCAUCAUUCCUUGUACCUCACCUUCAGAAUCUUUUUCAGCAUACCUCCAUUCAACAGGAUCUUAUUGUGAAUUUAUACAAUAACUUGCAACCAGCUGAGGUAGUAGAAGCUUCUCAAAAUGGAAAGUUGCCUCCACUGCCUCGCAGUUCAGAAAUCAAUGGCAGUGUUGAAGGAGCUGCUUCUGAAAGGGAGCGUUUACUGCUUUUCAAGAUAUCAGAGCUUCAAGCUAGGAUGACUAAUUUAACUGAAGAACUUACUGCUGAAAGGUUAAAAUACAUACAAGUGAGUAGCUUUGAGGGUUCAUACCGAGUUCUACUUCCUUUUCUGGCCAUGUUUAAUGAGAUUUUUUUUAUAUAGCCUAAUAUAAUGAUUUUCCAAAAUGCAAGAGUACAUCAAUUUUGUGUGUAUGAUGGGCGUAAUGGUGAUGUUCAUUGGUUGGUCUAGGCCUAUUAUUUGUAGCUAAACAUGUCUAGUGAUGGGCAAUUUGGCUCGUGGGCCUGCUCACAUGCAAUAUACUUUUUUUAUUUUCCCAGCAGAAUCUUCCGUUUCUUAUGUUUUCUUUUGAGAGGGCUUUCUUCCCCUGCUGGGCUGGGGUUACUCUUCUAGCUAAUUGCAUGUGUUUGUGUUCUCUGUUUUCUUGCGGAAAGAUAUUUAUUCAUAUUGGCAAGUGAUGAUUUGGUUACUUUUUCCAGUUGCAACAGCAGCUGAAUGCCGUGUCUGGUCGGGAAGAAGACGGGGCUUCUUGAAAACUGAAAAAUUUUAGUCAGUGUAAAGUCAAGCUACAAUGUACAUUCAAGUAAGAGCUGUCGAUCCUGUAGAAAACUGUUUCUCAAGAGUCUUCCAUCUGCUGAAUGGGAAUCUACUUUUUGCCGUAAGUUAUAGUAGAAUGGGUAGCUUCCAAGCUUCUUCAUUGAAGAAUUCAAGUCACCUUGUGUCAGAUAACAAAAGAAGUAAAAUAAGCAGCUAUCGGAGAUCAUGUUAUUUCUUCUCAUUUAUUUGGUCCGAUGGAAAUGAGCUCUCCCCUCCCUCCACUUUCGUGUUCUAAUUUCUAGGUAGGAAGAUCUUUUGAGCCGAGUAAUGAAGAGGAAGAAAGAAAGGAAGUUAUGGGCAUGUUGGUUUGUAUUCAUCCCUAUGGAUCCCAUGUUUUGUCAUAUUUGAAAUUUAAACAGAAGUUAUGAUUUUGUUGCUUUUAGCUAAUUGUUGUUUAUCGUUGUUGCUCUUUGUUUUCGGUUUUAUCCGUAAUCAUUCAAUAAAUAAUAGUACCAGAGAAGGUUGAAGCCA